GUAAAUACGACCAUGGCGGGGUGUGGGGGCCGUGCAAGCGAGCCUCAAAUUAUUAACUAUUGGCGAGGAGUGUUUCGUCUGGGGGUGAUAAGACCUCGCGGGCGUGUUCCCCUGUGGCACCCAAGGAGGAGUCCAGGCCGCCGGGGUCACCGUGUGCCGAGGAAACGUUGGAGAAACGUUUAUGGGCGUGGAGGGAAAGGCGGCGGGGAGCACAGUGUUAACUUGUCUAUUUUGUCCCCUUGGAGGGAUGAGGAAGGGGUUGACGUGCUGUCCCGUGCCCCUUGAGGUCCCUGUGAAGGCCAUCAAGCUGCCACCAUAAAUAUAUGACUUUAAAAUACUGGGCACUGAGGAGCGGUGUGUCAGCCAUCUGUGUGGGAAGUUGUGGCCUGACGGAAAUUUUCUGUGUAUUUAGUAACCCCGAGGACCCCCAGGGAGCACGCCAAAGGUUCCUGCAGUGGCGUUCAUCCCGCAGGAGGAAUAUGUCAACGAGACUUGACCGGCUGUUUGUCCUGCUGGAGAAUGGUGGGUCUGGGGUGACACGAGGGGCUGCAGCACAGCAGCUGGGUGAAGUGGUGCGUCUACACCCGCAGGAGUUGUCAGCACUACUCAACCGCCUGCAUGGCCUUCUGCUGCAGAAGUCCUGGGAUGUGAGGAUGGCAGCUGGCCUGGCAGUGGAGGCCAGCGUCAGCAAUGUGCCACCCUGGGAUCCCGCACCCACGCCUUCCACAGGCUUGUUGGGGGAGGAGAACUCUCAGAGCGUCCCUCCUCGCCUUACUCUUCGUGCCUUCAGCAUCAACAGAGUCCUGGAGCGUGGAGCCUUCCUCAUGGCUGCGGACGAGAGACUCUUCAACACUCAGGAUGACAACAAAUCCACAGACCCUAGUGAGCAGCUGGUCAACCAACGCCUGGGCCUGGACUUUGCUGCGGCUGUGGGGGUGGACAUCCACGGCAUCGUGUCCAAAGAAGACCUCAAAUCAGCAGUGGCAGAACGGGAGAACAGCAGCUCUGGCAGUGGCCACAAUGGACAGGGGAAGGCCCAUUCUUUGUCACAGGACUCGGUGCUCAGCAUAGUGAGGAAAGAGAUGAAGUCAGCAUGUAUAAUGCUUAGUUCCUGGGAGCUGAAUCGCGCACGCAGGAAAGCCAAACUCAUGGCUCGCCAGAAGUCUGUUGAUGUGUCUGAACACAUGGUCUGGCGGCUGGUCUGUUUGGCGGCUGGUCUGGCUGGUAGGACUCUUACUGGUCUGGUGUAACUGCUUCAAGUCAACUCCACACGCACACACACACACACACUGUCACCCCAAGCAGGAUUGACAGGGCUGAGAGCUGUUAAGUAGCUGUUGUGCUGACUGGACCUGUGAGGCACCUGACUAGCUGACCCUUGGCAGUGUGUUAGCUAGCCACCACCACUACCCUGCCAGGCUCUUCGGAUGUGCUGUGAAACGCUAUACACCUGAUUGCCACCUGGGUGUGUGUGUAGUAGUGCCUGGGUGUCCUCCUGCCUGUGACUUCAGCACCUUCAAGAGAUCAUUGAGGAAGACUACUACUGCAUCUGACACCCUUGAAUCAGGUGCCUGGGUGUGUGCAGUGCCUGGUGUCCUCCUGCCUGUGACUUAAGCACCUUUAAGAGCUGAUUGUUGAGGAAGAGGACUGCAUCUGACACUGUUGAAUCAGGUGCCUGGGUAUCUUCUUGCCUGUGACUUCAGCGCCUUCAAGAGUGGAGCACUAAGGAAGACGCCUGCAUCUGACGCUCCUGGCCUCUCCAGCAACAUUGUGCUUUACUGUAAAAUGAAUAAUAAAAUGAGAUUGUAUACCUAA